AUGCCGGACUGGUCCCGGCUCCGCGCCGGCCCCAGCGACCCCCGGAACCCUCCCAUGCCCCCCAUGACCCGAGCCCGGUUUUUGGGGGGCUGUGCGUGGCUCCUGGGGGCUCUGGCCCUGCUGCAGACCCUCUACCUGCGCUCGCUGCCGCCCCCCCCCCACCAUUCCCAUUCCCAUUCCCGCGCCCCCCGCCCCAAUUCCCGCCCCCCCCGGGGGGUCCUGGACGCCUCGGGCUCGUUCCGGGUGUUCUGGGACGUUCUGGGCGCCCCCCCGGGCUGGGCCCGCGCCCCCCGCCCCGAGCUGGUGCUGGCGGCGCACGGGACCCCCGGGCGGGCGGCGGCGGCGCUGGGCGGGGGUCUCCAAAAAGGGGAGGGGUCCUGGGGGGGGCCGCUGUCCCUGGCCGUGUUCGGGGAGCCCCGGGGGGGGCUCCAGGAGCUGCUGGGGGUCCUGGGGGGGCCGUGCCGGGCGCUGAGGGGGCGGCUCCGGCUGCAGGUGGUGCAGGGGGCGGCGCGACCCCCGCCCCGGAUCCCGGCGGCGCCCCCUCCCCAGCCGUGGCGCGGGGGGUGCCGGGGGGCGCUGGCCCGGCUGGCGGCCGCCGACCCCCCCAGUUACGCUCUGGGGGUGCCGUACCCCGGGAAUCUGCUCCGCAACGUGGCCUGGCAGGGCGCGGCGGGGGGCGGGCCCGGGCCGAGACCCCCGCCCCAAUUCUGGCAGCGCUUCGUGCUCGUGGUGGACGCGGACGUGGAGCCGAGCCCGGGGCUGCGCGAGGGGUUCCUGGAGCUGCUGCGGGGCGGGGGGCUGGACCCCCAAAACUGGGGACGGGACCCCCGGAACUGGGGACGGGAACCCCAAAACUGGGGGGGACAGGAGCCCAAAAACUGGGGGGCACUGGGGGACCCCAAAGCUCCAGGGUCUUGGGGGGUUUUGGGGACUCAGGGGGAUUUGGGGAACCCCAAAACUUUGAAUAUUCAGGGCAGUUUGGGGUUUCAAGGGGAUUUUGGGAACCCCAAAAUUUUGGGGGCUUCCGGAGGGCUGGGGGUCUCCAACACCUCGGGGGGUCCCCAAUGGCCUGAUGACCCCAAAACCUGGAGUGACCACAAUGACCUGAGUGACCCCAAAGCUUUGAGUGACCCAAAAGCCUCGAGUGCCCCCCAUGCCCCACAUGACCCCAAUGCCCAGAGUGCCCCCAACGCCCUGAACGCCCCGAACACCCCGAGUGCCCCCCACGCCCCCGGCGCCCCCCAGGCCCCCGCUGGCGCCCCCCCCUGGGCCCGGACCCUCUUUGUGCUGCCGGCCUUCGAGCUGCGGGGCUCGGGGCCGCCCCCGGGCUCCAAGGCGGAGCUGCUGCGGCUGUGGGGCGCGGGCGAGGCCCGGCCGUUCUAUGGGGCGCUGUGCCCGCGCUGCCAGGCCCCCACCGCCUUCGGCCGCUGGCGGGCGCUGCCCCCGGGCCCCCCGGGCGCCCCCCGGCUGCGCGUGGCCUACGAGGUGCCCUGGAGGGACCCCUGGGAGCCGUUCUACGUGGCCCCCGCCCGCGGCGUGCCGCCCUUCGACGAGGGCUUCCUGCAGUACGGCUUCAACCGCAUCAGCCAGGCCUGCGAGCUGCACGUGGCCGGGUUCCGGUUUGCAGUGCUGGAUGGGGCCUGGGUCACCCACCGGGGCUGGAAGGAGCCGGGCGGGUUCCACGCGGGGCGCGAGGCCGAGCUGGGCCGCAACCGGCAGCGCUUCCGGGAGUUCAAACGGGGACUCAAACUGAAAUAUCCUGAAUCUGACCGACGGUGCUGAGCUCACCUGGGACACCUGAACACACCUGGGAACAGCUGA